AUGCUCACCCGUUCUGUACGCUCCCGACUCCCGGGAUGCGCUGCAUGCAGGAUCAUACAGCGCUCUGGAUACAGCACAGUGAGGUCUCUACGGUCGCCAUCCAGGAAUAUACCUGCUCGCCAGUCUCUCACCCUCCAGCGACAUUCCCUUUCCUCCCAGAACAUCUUCCGAAGCUCCCGACCCCUCUCUGUCUCGAGCCUACAAUGCCGCUCUCUAACCACCGAGGAAGGGCUAGCGGCCUCCAAAACCCCAAAGCAAGUACGCCGUAGCCGGAUAUUACGCUUUGGAUUCAGGGUCCUGGCCUUCAGCGGAGGAGUGAUGCUGUUCGGCGUAGGUCUUGUGUUUGCGUUUUUCGUCUACGAUGCCACCACCUACCGCACCGAAUCUGACAACAUCGACAUCCCUGUCUCGCUGAAUGCGCUUAAUCCAAGACGGGGCGGCCCAAAGAACCUUCCAAUUGCCGAAGUUCUCGUGGACGAUCAUGACUGUGACAUGAAGCUGGAGCAAAAGGAUAAGCCAAAACUUGUUAUACUUGGUACUGGAUGGGGAAGCGUGGCAUUGAUGAAGAGUUUGAAUCCUGGAGACUACCACGUCACUGUUGUCUCCCCUGUAAACUACUUCCUCUUUACUCCAAUGCUUCCUUCGGCAACGGUAGGAACUCUCGGACUUAGCUCAUUGGUAGAACCCAUCAGGCGGGUUGUACAGAGGCUCCGGGGACACUUCCUUCGAGCCGAGGCGGUGGACGUAGACUUUGAUGAGAAACUCGUUGAAAUAUCCCAAGUCGACUGUGACGGCAACAGAAAGAAUUUCUAUCUGCCGUAUGAUAAACUGGUUAUCGGAGUGGGCUCUACGACCAACCAGCACGGCGUCAAAGGCCUUGAACACUGCAACUUCUUGAAAUCAAUUGAUGAUGCCCGUCAGAUUAAAGCAAAGGUCCUUCGGAACUUGGAAGUGGCUUGUCUUCCUACGACUAGUGACGAGGAACGGAAACGAUUACUAUCCUUCGUUGUCUGCGGAGGCGGCCCAACCGGUGUCGAAUUUGCUGCUGAGCUCUUCGACAUGCUGAACGAAGACUUGUUCCGAUCAUUCCCUAGGAUUUUGAGGAACGAGAUUUCUGUCCAUCUCAUUCAGAGCAGAAGCCAUAUUCUCAACACUUACGAUGAAACACUGUCUCUCUAUGCUGAGCGACGGUUCGCGCACGACCAAGUAAAUGUACUUACCAACUCAAGGGUCAAAGAAGUUCAGUCUGAUAAAAUUCUAUUCACCCAAAUGGAAGAUGGAAAGCCUGUUGUUAAGGAGAUUCCAAUGGGUUUCUGCCUGUGGUCAACUGGAGUCGCCCAAGCGGAACUCUGCCGAAAGUUGUCUAAGAAACUUGAAGGCCAAAACAAUAAGCACGCUCUAGAGACAGAUACCCAUCUUCGAGUACUUGGAGCCCCACGCGGAGAAGUCUAUGCUAUUGGAGAUUGCUCUACUGUGCAGAACAACGUCGCAGACCACAUCCUAUCCUUCUUGCGCGAAAUUGCAUGGGAGAAGGGCCGUGAUCCCCAGAAAAUUCAUCUUACAUUUGGAGAAUGGCGCGAUGUAGCGCAGCGUGUGAAAAGACGCUUCCCACAAGCCUCAAACCACCUUAGAAGAUUAGACAAACUAUUCGAACAGUACGACAUCGACCGCAGUGGCACACUCGACUUCCAUGAAUUGCACGAACUUCUCGUUCAAAUAGAUUCAAAACUCACCUCUCUCCCCGCAACCGCCCAGCGCGCUAACCAACAAGGACAUUAUCUCGGCCGCAAGUUCAAUAAAAUUGCUCUUGCAGUGCCUGGCAUGCGCUCAAAGGAAGUCAACUUUGAAAGCCUCGACGAAAGCGUUUAUCGAGCUUUUGAAUACAAACAUCUCGGCAGCUUGGCGUACAUCGGCAACGCUGCUGUAUUCGAUAUCAAUGGCCUCAGCUUCGGAGGUGGUUUACUCGCCGUAUAUCUAUGGCGAAGUAUUUAUUUUGCUCAGAGCGUUAGCAUCAGGACUAGAGUUAUGAUGGCCAUGGACUGGGCUAAACGAGCUCUAUUUGGAAGAGGUAUGAUAUUUUAA